AUGGAACGCACUGUUGUCAAUCCGUCACGGUUCAAAAUCGCGCCGUCGGCGUUCGACCGCCGCGUGAUUCGAACCCUAGACCACAGGUGGCGGAGUUCGCGGUGGCAGGGCCAGCAGGCUCCGAAAUCGAAGGGUAUGCUCAGAGCUGCCCUUCUGAAACUAGAUACCCUGCUGUACGGCGUGUGCUUUUCCGAUCUCCUGCUCGUCUCCAGCUUCCGCCUUGAGCUGCCCUUCGCGCGCCUGCAUGAGCAGCUGCAGCAUGUCGGGACGGAAGAUGCCCUUCUGCUGGCGCUCCUUGAUUGUAUCUUGUACCAGCAAAUCGAACACGAAGCGUUUCAAGGCAAUCAACGAAGGAAAGCAACUUUCAUGGUCUCCAAGUUUUGUCCAAAUUUUAAAAUUCUCCUGCUCGUCUCCAGCUUCCGCCUUGAGCUGCCCUUCGCGCGCCUGCAUCAACAGCUGCAGAACAUCGGGUCGGAAGAUGCCCUUCUGCUGACGCUCCUUGAUGGUAUCUUGUACCAGCGAAUCGAAAUGUUCCUGCACGGGGCGAGAGUCGGUCGCAGCCCGGACUUCACAGAGCGGGGUCCAAGGUCAGUGGCGGGAGCUUGGACUGCUAGACGACCGCUCUUCUCUCGCCUAACUGCCAAAAUUGCGUCUACGUGCUGAAAGGAACCCAGGGAUAUGAAGAGCAUGUGAAGGAGUGGGUGAACUUACUGGCUUUCCUGGCGCCCACUUC